AUGGCAUCACCACCUCCAGCAAGCUCGGACUCGACAGUUCCUUCAACCUCAACAGCUAGUAGCAGCAGUAACACUACAGCCAAGACCGAUUCUCAUUCAACAACGACAACGAAUGCACCCUCAAUACCGUACGAAGAGUCAGUCGGUCGACAUGUUUCAAGGAAAGAGCUCCCUGCUGACGUCCAAGCCAGGAUCGAACGGAACCGACAAGCCGCUCUCGAACGACGAGCAAAAUACCAAAAGCGACUCGAUUCUGAACGAGCCAUCGCGCAACAGUUCGGAGAAGUCCUUCCUUCAUCGUCUUCGGCCUCAGCUAGUGGAGAGAGCGGUGCAGGAUAUUUGACGUCGGCGAUCAUCGAAAAGAAUGCGGCAGAGAUCCAUAAAGCCAUGGAGGAGUUCGAGCCUUUACCCAAGAACGAGUGGACAAAGUUUUACGACUAUGAUCUUUCCAAGAUGAAGGAUACCAAGGCGGGAUUUAUUCAGGUUCUAGAUGAUGAUAAGAAGCGUGAUGCAGAGGAUGAGAACUCCAGGAAGCGUAAAUGGGAACCAACCCUCGCACAACCCGAUCCAUCAAUCUUCUUGGGAGCAGAUGACAAUUACGAAUGCCAGGACUGCACAUCAAUCGACGUCGAUUUCCAACUCCUGCGCUACUUCCACGUCCCAGUCUGCAUCGGCUGCCGAGACGCCCAACCCGAAAAAUACUCCCUCCUCACAAAGACAGAAUGUCGAGCCGACUACCUCCUCACAGAUCCGGAACUCCGCGACACUGACCUGUUCUCGUUCUGGGAGCGCCCCAACCCCAAGAAAUCAACAUGGAACAACAUGAUGCUUUACCUGCGCUGUCAGGUCGAAGAGUUUGCAUUCAAGAAGUGGGGCGGUCCUGAGGGGUUGGACAAGGAGUUUGAAAAGCGGGAGCGAGAAAAGGAGGCGAGGAAGGAGAUCAAGUUUAAGAAGGAGUUGAGGGAUCUGAGAAACAAGACGAGAACGUCAGUCUGGCAGGACAAGAGGAUGCAGCAACGGCCCAAGAUUCAUAAGCACAACUUUGGUACCGCCCUUGUCGAUCCGGAAUCGGGUGCCUCGGUCCAAACUUGUGUCGAGUGCGGUAUCCAGGUCGAAUGUGAGGAGUUCUGA